GUGGAGCCGCGGUGCGCUGCGGGCAGAUGGUCGCACGCGGGGGCGGGGCCGCGCCUGCGCAGACUGCCUGUUAUGGCGGCCGCCUAAGUCCCCCCGCGACGGGUGUCGGAUGGGACCUCAGCCUGGGCCCUGCGGCGGGUGGAUUCUCUUCCCUGGCCAAGUCUCUGAGACCUUCUCCCAGGGUGGUGCAAAGCUACUGGCUACCAGCUUGGGCCUGUCUGCAGUAUCUCCUCUGGGACCUGCCAUGCUGAGGACCCAUCUCACCUCUGAGGGGCUCCUGUCCUAGGACUAAGGUGGAGCCUGGGCCAUGGUACAGCUGGCUCCUGCCGCAGCCAUGGACGAGGUCACCUUUAGAAGCGACACUGUGCUGUCAGACGUCCACCUCUAUACCCCGAACCAUAGACACCUCAUGGUACGGCUGAACAGCGUGGGGCAGCCAGUUUUCCUGUCCCAAUUCAAGAUUCUAUGGAGCCAAGACUCUUGGACAGAUUCAGGGGCCAAGGGUGGCGAUCACAGAGAUGUUCACACAAAGGAGCCUCCUUCUGCCAAGACAGGCAGCACGGGGUCCCCUCCAGGAAGUGGCCACAGUAAUGAGGGUUUCUCCCUCCAGGCCGGGACUGACACCACUGGCCAAGAAGUGACUGAAGCUCAGCUGGAUGAGGAUGGGGAUUUGGACGUGGUGAGAAGACCACGAGCCGCCUCUGAUCCCAACCCAGCAGGGCCUCCGAGAGACAAGGUACAUCCCAUGAUUCUAGCACAGGAAGAAGACGACGUCCUGGGAGAGGAAGCACAAGGCAGUCCGCACGAUAUCAUCAGAAUAGAGCACACCAUGGCCACACCCCUGGAAGAUGUUGGCAAGCAGGUGUGGCGGGGCGCCCUGCUUCUGGCGGACUACAUCCUGUUCCGACAGGACCUCUUCCGAGGAUGCACAGCGCUGGAGCUCGGGGCCGGCACGGGGCUCGCUAGCAUCGUCGCAGCCACCGUGGCACGGACCGUUUAUUGUACAGAUGUCGGUGCAGAUCUCUUGGCCAUGUGCCAGCGAAACAUUGCCCUCAAUAGCCACCUGGCUGCCGCUGGAGGUGGUAUAGUUAAGGUCAAAGAACUAGACUGGCUGAAGGACGACCUCUGCACAGACCCCGAGGUCCCCUUCAGUUGGUCACAAGAGGAAAUUUCUGACUUGUACGAUCACACCACCAUCCUGUUUGCAGCCGAAGUGUUUUACGACGACGACUUGACUGAUGCUGUGUUUAAAACGCUCUCCCGACUCGCCCACAGAUUGAAAAAUGCCUGCACAGCCAUACUGUCCGUGGAGAAGAGGCUCAACUUCACACUGAGACACUUGGACGUCACAUGUGAAGCCUACGAUCACUUCCGCUCCUGCUUACACGCACUGGAGCAGCUCGCAGAUGGCAAGCUGCGCUUCGUGGUGGAGCCCGUGGAGGCCUCCUUCCCACAGCUCCUGGUUUACGAGCGCAUCCAGCAGCUGGAGCUCUGGAAGAUCAUCGCAGAACCAGUAACGUGACCCGUCGCCUCCACAAGGCGUGGUGCCUCGACUGUUCCUAGAGUAUAUUUCUAGUGAAAUUAGAAGCUCACCAAAGCAACGUACUUGAGAUUUUGUCAUGGUUACAUGUACCUUAGACGACCCAAGGUGGUUUUCUGGGAUCUGUCCCUGCCUCCCAGUUGCAGCCGGAGAAGGUUGUUGCUGUGGGCUAGAGGUCACUUUAGUUGCCUGUUUCUCAUGGUUGUGAUGUGUGCUCCAGGGUCAAGCCGAGCCACGUUCCUUCUCAGCUCAGUUCCACCCAGGUCAGUCAUUUCAGCUGUGUGCUUUACUUGCAGUUGUGGCCCUGGCUGUGAGGUGGAUUCUUGUACUGCCCUCUGUCAGCUGUUUACAGAUGGGUUGACUACCACUGCCACUAUUGCCAUCAUAUCGCCACUCGGCACAAAAGCCUCAUUUCCUCCCAGGGUUGGGUACGCUUCACCCCAUCCCUCUGAUGAGGGCCCCAUGAGAAGGAAGAGGCAGGAGCUGGUGCCAGGAGUGGACUGGCAUUGGCCUUUGUAUUUAAUUUUAACUGUUUAUCACUCAAAUCAGGUACAUUUGGAAUAAACCUAAGAGCCACUCUUUGGGGUCACAUGCAGCUGCCAGGGUUUGUGUAGUGAUCUUCCUCAGAGGUGAUCCCUUCAGCCUGGACUCAUUUUCCCUCUGCCCCUUGGUCUCUCCAUCUUAUCACGUGUGCACGAGUCUGUCUGUCUGGUUUUUUAUCUUCUCCGUCUGUGCCUCUCUCCUCCCAUCUUGACCCCUUCCUGUCAUCCUCUAUGUCCCACUGUCUCUCUCCUUCUCUCCAGUUUCUGUUCCAUCUUCCUGCUACCCUUGGCCCUUCCUGCGGCCCCUUCCCCCUGCCUUGCUCCUGCUGCACACUUUGCACCAGGGCCUUGCAUGGCCCCUUUCCGCCUCCCUCGCAGCUCACGUUUCCUGGCUUCUCCAUGCACUGUCGCUGCCCACGCUCGCUUCUCCCCAAGCACCCAGGUUCCAUCCCUAGGCCCAUCAUACCCCUGGCAUUGGCUAAUCCCUCAUGCUAGGGGCCAGGCACUUGAAGUCUAACUUCAUCUUCCCAACAAAUUUAGGAGGUCCACAGGCUUGUGAUACCCACAUUACAGCGGAGAAGACUGAGGUCCAAAAAGGAAAAAGUCUCCAUGAGGUCAGGGACCUUGUUGUCUUAAAUAUCACUACAUCCCUGGUGUGUGGUCUGCCAAAAAGUAGAUGCUCAACACAUAUUGUUGAAUGAAUUGCUAAUAUAAGUUACUAUUUAGGGCAUUA